AAUGCGUUUUUAAGUAGAUCACACAUAUUAAGCGCAAACAAGCGUAAUGUUGUGAUGUUGAAUGUUGAUGAAAGCAAGGACAGGGAAGUUAUUGUCACUACAUUGCUACUCAGCGGUUGUGGGUCAAGAAUGUUGUGGUUCACAACUGCAGCCAAAGGCAGGUGCAGCACUUAUAGAUUAGAUGGUACACAAUAAAUUUUCCUUUGCAUUAUGAAUACUGCAAAGGAAACAUGUAUUAAUUGAGGCCCACUUGGGAUGGAAAUCUAGAGAGGGAAAGAAGAGGUGAGCUGUGAGGAGUGACCAUGAAGCCACCUUUGACUGUGGAGGCAAAGGUGGCAGAGGAACUUCGUAAUUGGUUAGCUUCUGAGCUGGAGCAACUCGAUGCUUCCAAUACCAACCAGUUUGCACAUCACGUGGUGACCAUACUAUUGCAUGAGGAUCUUGAUAUAGAAGAUGAGCCGCUUACUGCUGGAGAUGAUUUCUUUCAUGAUAUUUACAACAUCAGGAAAGGGAAAACUCGAGACAGGCAGAAGAAGGCUGCUGUUCAGUUUCUGAGAAGUGCUGUAUGCUGUGAUGAAUCUGAUGAAGCAGAAAUCCAAGAAGUUGUUGAAGAACUGAUGGUAAAAAUUGAUGAAACCAAAAACAAAAUGAAUAACAAGAGAGCAUCGAAAAGGAGCUUGCUUGCCCCAAUUGCAAUCAAUGUUACUGCAGCAGCCAGCCAGACAUGUGCAAAAAGUGAUGGUAGUGAAGAAGAGAGGCGCUAUAAUGAAGCUUUUCCAUCAUUGGCUGGUGAGGAAUCACCAUGUAAAGAAGGUGCAGCUCGAUUGAGUAACUCUGUAUGGAAUAGGUCACCCUCUGUUGGCAAAGAAAAUAAGAAGAAACUGAAGAGGAAGUUUUUUCAAUAUGCAAAUCAGCACUCGUACAUGUUUAGCUGCCAGGAGGAAGCCCAAGCUUGCAGCAUUGCUAGACAGGUGGCAGCGCUGGCACUUGCUGAAACUGUCUUGCCCAAUGCAGAAGCCACAGAAGUUUUCCCGUCCACCUUUCACGACAGCUCACCAUCUUCUUUUAAUGACAGCUCCGGCUGCUGGAAGUCAGCCUUUCGGACUGUCAUUCUCACCAAAGUAUUUUCACCCACCACUAACCCCCUUCACCAGUCCAGACCAUUCAGUGCCAUUGCAGUUUUGAAAACCUUUUCUCCCAGGGUUAUCCAAGGAACGAAUGUGAAUCCCGCUUUAGACCCAGCUUAUAAUUCAACCCACUCCCCUCUAGAUCCUGACAGACCCCCUGGGGUAUUCCAUCCUGUCCAAGAUGAGAGCAUCGCUCAUCUUUUCCCCAAUGGUGCAGAUUACAGCUUAGAUGACAGCCUAGAAACCAAGAGUGCAGAUAUUGAGAUUUGUAACAUAUUUGACACUGGUCAGAAAAGAGAACAACAGCUCAGAGAAAAGGUCCAGAGAAUCAAGAAACCCAAGACGAAAGUAGAUACCCCACACGACCUAGAGUCAGACCUUGAACAUGCCCUACAGUUCCCUUACCACUGUGGAUCCUUCUGGCAAGAGCUUGUCUACAAAGGAGCUGUAGCACUGUAUCCAAACCUGACCAAGCCAACGAAAACAGGAAGAGAGACGGAUACUGAAACAUUAAUCUACGCAGAAGAAGGUACGGCUAAGCAGGUGUCCAAGCCUGUGAAAGAUCUCUCUGCACUAAGCUUGGAGUCUCUAGGACACUUCUUCACCCCCGAGUCCAUUAAGAACAUUAUAUUUAACUACUUCUCUGGUCCUGGAUGUCAGAUAGGCUGCCAGAUGUAUCCAGGGCAUGUUUUAAAAGCCAUGGUAGAGAAGCUCCUGACAAGUAAGGAAAAGGCUUUGCAGUUGAUUAGUUGCAACAACAUUGACCAGAAUGAUGAGGAUAGUUUCAGGAACGAACAGGUUCUUGAGACAUGCGUAGAGGCCCUGACGUCACUGUUUUCCUUGGAUAGCGCAAACCCUGUUAGGUCCUUCCACAACAGCUCAGCAGAGAGCUCCGGCAAUGGGAACGAGCUGGCAGAGAAAUGGUCGACUUGCAAUGUGGUGGAUGGCCCAGACUAUUGUGAAAGAGAGAUAGAUUUCAGACAUGCUGAUGACAAGAGAAUCGCUAAAAAUGACAGCCAUCAAGUAGAUUUAAAAUGCAACUAUGAGAUGAUAAACUCUAGCUAUGGGGACACCAGAUUACAUUCUUACUAUUCAGAUGACAAGUUAGUUUCCUUCUACGGCCUGGACAAUAACGAGGUUGAUGGUGGAUUUGAGGAUGAUCCCUUGUGCUUCAACGAUGAGUCUACUUCUCCAAGCAUCACAGGCUUCUCACCCAGCUUUCUGAAUAAAAUUGACCUUGGAUAUCUGGAUGAUCAGGACGGUAAAUUGUUUGAUGUUGAUACAAACAGACAUUUUGAACCAUCUCUUACCCUUCAGGAGAAAGUAGUUCUAUGGAGAAAUAGCCUAGAGCCGCAGUAUGUUGUUGAGAAGUGGCCAGUGGUUUGCGAAGAGAGCAGCCACCAGACCACCUGGCAAGACCCACACAGCUUUGGCCUGCUAGACCCUGGCUACGCCCCUCCUGUCUCCCCACAGCUGCUGGACAGAGAACACUGCGAGCGUGGGAACAUGUUCCCACCUGACCAGAAGCAGCUGCAGUGGGAGAAUCCUUGGUCCUUCACAGAGUGGGAUUCUAUAUGUAAGGAGCUGCUGGCGGGCUUCAUGGAUGGCUGCACCACCUGGCCCAGCCAGUCAAGUCCUGCUAAUCCAUUCAUGCCAUCGUUACUGACCUCUUGUCUGAGUAGUGAAGGAGCACAACUUUUGCAGAGUGCUUUUGUAAACUCAUAUUUUUCAAACAACUUCCAAGAACCAUUAACUCAACUUAAGGAAAGUGAAUUAGCAGUAGAUUGUUCAGAGCUUGAGAAAUUUUGGUUAGCUAAAGAGAUGCAUCAAGACUCGUCUGACCUAGAUCAUCUGUGGUUAUCUUCAGAAAUGCACCAGUCGUUUGCUUUAGGAUUCAGUUCUGCACAGUAUGAGCUCAUUCGAGGCUGCACCUGUUCCAAUUGGCUAGAAAAUAAUUGUAAACUUGGUUUGUUAUGUCCAUUUUCUCAUCCAAGUAUAUAACGUUUAUCUUUAGCCAAAAAAACGACAGCACAUAAUGCGCUAGAUCUGAUUCAGAUUUGAAAGGGACAGGCGUCCAGCAAAAUAAAACAUUUGGGCUGUUUUGUUUAACUUGAAACCACAAGACAACGAUGCAUCUGCUUUGAUUUGUACAUUAAAAUUGCGACCUGGUACUUGGUAUUUUCCUACCUGCACUUAAGUGUAUAUUGAUGCCUUAGAGACUGAUAAAGUAUUACAUUUCAUAAACCUGUUGUAAUCUUUUUUAUACAAGGAUGAGUAUUGUCUACUUGCCCAGUUUUUUUGUUUGACUAUAUUUACAGUAUGAUAAGCUUGUUAGUUGCCUUGUACAAAUAUAUAAGGGCAAAGAACAUAGCAGUUGGGCUGAAAGGUGGUAUGUAACUUUGAUAUUGUAUUUUAUAUCAUAUUUCACAUACAGAUAUAAAAUGUUUUUACUAUUUUUGUCUAGGUCAGGUUUAUUUAAUACAAAUGAUCCUGAUAUAAAGGAAGGGGAAAUACAUUUUUUUACCUUUAAUUUUAGACUAUUUAAUAUUCCUAAGAAGAAAAAAAAGGCAUUAGUUGUGAUAAAAAGAAUUUAAAAAAAAAUAAUUUUUUAAACACUUUAUAAAUUUUUGUUAGUGAAGAGCUGUGCCUUGAUAAAAGCAGAGACAUUGCUUGGUGUUUUUCUGUGAGUCGUAACAAAGAAAUCACGCAGCUGUUUUUUUUUUGGUUUUGUUUACAUUAUACAUUUUCAACAUCCAACUUUGAUUGGGUUUGUAUGGUGUUAAACUUGAAAUGGAUAUCUUCAAUUUUAUUUUGUAAAGGACAAAAGUUAUUUAGUUUGAUGGUUUGAAGUGAUCUCAUAUCAUUGAUCGCCCGUAUAGUGUACAUAUAAAUUAUUUAUUAUUCUCAGGUCGUAUGGGCGUGCUUGAAAUAUUGGGGGGCUGUGUUGUGCUGAAAGAUGAUUGAAUGUUUUAUAUUGAAAGAUUUAAAAAAUGUUCUAUGAGGUGUAUGGAAGAUGAAACAAAGUUAACAGCCAAAACAAAAAAUGGUUUUGUAAAUACACAAACAUUAGGUCACAGUAUUUUGGUCUGGAAGAAAAAGAUUAUACAUUGUGUUGAUGACAAUAUUUUUUUGUCUUUUUAAAUAUCAUUUUAAAGAAAAGUUUAUUUCAAGAAAACAUUGAUAAAAUAUUAUCUUUUAUUAACAUCAAACUUUUCACCGUAUACAGAUACUUCCGAAAAAAAAACUAUUUUCGUUAAAAAAAAAAUUAGCUUAAAACUAUUACAAAUGGCCAAAUUUUGGAGUGUUAGCCCAUGUGGAAUACAGACUGGAGUGUUAUUUAUGCUAUCUUUAUGUUGUUGUCUAGUCAGAUGUUGCCUCAUUCCAUCACACAGCCAUUUUGCAAUAAUAAAUGAUGUUUGAAGAAUUUCAUUAAGACCAGUGUGUGUAUUGUAGGGCCAAAAAGCUCAUAAUCCAUUGUGGUAUUUUGGUCCCAAUACCUUAGAAUGUUGUGCCUUUUUAACUUAUUUACUAUUGUGUGUUAUGUGUAUUUGAAAAAAAAAAAAUCAGUCAAAUUCAGAAUUAAAAUUGUAUUUUUU